ACGCAGAGGCUCAUGGGAAGGGCAGAUUACCUCUCUCCCAUGGUCCCUCUUUACUGUUCAAUCCAGAAUUCUACACAGUCGCUCGGGACACAGUGGCCAUUACAAAUAUUCACUUCAGCUGCAUGUCAGGGACUUAGAAGCCAGGGCUCAGAGAGAGGCUGGUCAGCCCAGCUCCGCUAUGUCCCCACUCGGCUUCCCACAGUGGUUAGUGCUGGUCCUGCCUCUCCAGAGCUGGGCGACGGAUGGGAGCCUGCCGACACACUGCCAGCAGUGGAUAUACUCCAACAGCCUGGAAGACCCCAGCCUCUCUCAGGAUGGAGAUGUCAUUUUGGGAGGACUCUUCCCCCUUUACAUCCAGCCUGUCUCUCUGGACAUGACAUUCACCAAACCCCCGAAACUACCGCAGUGCCAGAGACUCCAGGAAGAGCCAAUGAGCUGGGCUCAUGCCAUGGUGUUUGCGGUGGAGGAGAUCAACCAGAAUCCCUUCCUGCUCCCGGGGGUCAAACUGGGGUACAGGAUCAUGGACAGCUGUGGGGAGCACCCCUGGUCCCUGCAGGGGGCUCUGGCACUGGUCAGUGGGCGGAACCACACUUGCAGCAAGGUCCUCGCCCUCAUUGGAGAUGCUCCUUCCACACAGUGUAUCAUCCUAUCCAGAACUCUGGGACCACUGGGCAUUCCUCUGGUCAGUUAUAGAGCCAGCUGCGCUUGUCUCAGUAACAGGCAUGAGUUUCCUAACUUCUUCCGGACGAUCCCCAGUGAUUUUUACCAGGCCCGGACCAUGGCACAGUUAGCCAAGCGCUUUGGCUGGACCUGGGUGGGAGCCAUUGUCUCCAACAAUGAUUAUGGGCUUUUGGCAAUCCAAACUUUCUCUGAGGAGGUGAAGGGAGCCGGGGUGUGCCUGGCCUUCAUCGCAACGCUGUCACGGAAGCGCUUGGAGCACGAUGUGGCUCGGGCGGCAUCAGUGGUGGAGCGCUCCUCUGCCCGAGUGAUCCUGGUGUUUGCCUGGUACACAGAUGUGGAGACGCUGUUCCUGGAGCUGGUCAGGCGUAACGUAACAGGCAGGCAGUUCCUGGCCAGUGAGGCAUGGAGCACCAGUGACAGGCUCCUGCAGAACACUGCCCUCUCCAGCAUUGCCCGGGGAGUUCUAGGCGUGGCCAUACGCAGCGCUCCCAUCCCAGGGCUGGAGGAACACCUGCGCAGCCUCCAUCCUUCCCAGGAGCCUGGGAGCACUCUGAUGUUGGAGCUGUGGGGGCUCUUGUUUGAGUGCAGCCCAGUUUGGCAGAAUUCUUCUGCCUCACAGUUGCUGCCCCCUUGUGUAGGUACAGAGACACUGCAGUCAGCGCAGAGUACCUUCACAGACACCUCCCAGCUGAGAACAAGCUAUAACAUCUACCUGGCUGUAUAUGCUGUGGCCCAUGCACUCCAUAGCCAGCUGUCAUGCACUGGAAAGAACAGCACCUACGGGAGCCCACACUGUGCUACCACCGAGGAUCUCCAACCGAGACAGCUGAUACGUCACCUUAACCGGGUGCAUUUCACCACCCAACUGGGAGAUGAGAUCCACAUUGAGGGUGGGGACAUUCAAGCGGUGUACGACAUUGUGAGCUGGCAGGACAGCCCUGAUGGCUCACUGAAGUAUGUCACCAUUGGGAAAAUGAAAGGGUCUGAGCUCCACUUGAAUGACUCAGCCAUUGUGUGGGUCGGUUCUGCCAAGACGGUCCCACUCUCUGUGUGUUCUAAAGAAUGCCCCCCAGGAACACGCAAGGCAGUGAGGAAGGGUGAGCCCAUCUGCUGCUUCGACUGCCUGCCCUGUGCAGACGGGACCAUCAGCAACCAGACAGGUUCAGUGGAAUGCAAGCAAUGUCCUGCAGAGUUCUGGUCAAACAAUCACAGGAAUGAAUGUAUUCCUCGUGAGGUGGAAUUUCUGUCAUUUGAGGACACAAUGGGCAUCACCCUGACAACGAUAGCUUUGUCAGGUAGUGGCAUAACAGUGGCAGUGGGUGUGGUCUUUCUGUACCACAGACACACCCCUCUUGUAAAGGCCAAUAACUCAGAGCUGAGCUUCCUGUUGCUGCUGUCCCUCACACUCUGCUUCCUGUGUGCGCUGGUGUUCGUGGGCCGGCCCUCAGAGUGGUCCUGCCUGGCCCAGCACCUGGUCUUUGGGAUCAGCUUCGUGCUCUGCCUCUCCUGCAUCCUGGUCAAAACCAUUGUGGUUCUGGUUGCAUUUCGGUCUGCUAGGCCUGGUGCCAGCAUGAUUAAGUGGUUUGGACUGGUUCAGCAGCGGGGCAGUGUGGUCCUCUUCACUGGCAUCCAGGUGUUCAUCUGUAUCUUAUGGCUCUCCCUCAGUCCCCCUUACCCACAUCGCAAUACAGGAUUCCAGGGGUCAAAGCUCAUUCUAGAGUGUGCAGUUGGGUCAACACUGGGGUUUGCCUGCGUCCUGGGCUAUAUUGGCCUGCUGGCAGCCAUCUGCUUCCUGCUGGCCUUUUUAGCCAGGAAGCUCCCAGACAACUUCAAUGAGGCCAAGUUCAUCACCUUCAGCAUGCUUAUUUUCUGUGCCGUCUGGAUCGCCUUUGUCCCCGCCUACGUCAGCUCCCCAGGGAAAUACACAGUUGCUGUGGAGAUAUUCGCCAUCCUGGCCUCCAGUUUCGGGCUCCUGCUCUGCAUUUUUGCCCCAAAGUGUUAUAUCAUUCUACUGAGACCAGAGAACAACACCAAGAAGUUCCUAAUGGGGAAAACAUAAGCACUAAAAUAGGAACAACCACACCACCACCACAAUAAAGACCAUCUGACUGUAACCAAUGGAAAAUCACCCUAGGAAUGUCAUCUAAACACCCGGUGUUCAGAAGAAAUGAAACUGACAAUGUUCUGAGUUUCACAAAUAUUAGCUGGGGCUGUGUUUUGGCCCCUUAAUGAACUAUUUUGUGAAACUGUGAGGGCAUUAACUAAGCAGCUAAAAAAUUUAAUUUAGCUGUCAAUGUAGAGUAGAACAAAAAGUCCUAGAUUCUUUUAUAUUUAAUAAAACAUGCCCCCAUGUGUGACUUUGUUGUUGUCAAAUCAUGAAAUUAUCUGCAUUUUCAGAAUCCAUAUUUUUGAGUUAAUUCAAUUAUUCCUCCUUUAGGGUCAUCUCUGUAAAAAUGAAAUGAUUAAGAAAUAUUGAGGCAAUUAGCCUUGAUUGUUUAUCAUGUUUUAAGAAGUACAUUAUGUUCUUAAUAAUUAAUAAUAUACAACAAUUCCCUGUUUUCAAUUAAAUAUCUUAGAAAAUAAAAGCAGAGUAGAAAAAAGCUCCUACAGUAUCUUAAAAGAACAUUUUUAAUUGGCUAUAUGAUUAGGUAACCAUUCUAUUGUUUUCCUGGAUUUCUUGAGCCUUAAUAAAAACCUUACUGCAACUCAGAUUGUGUGAUGUGCAGAAACAUGCAUUCAAAUGCAAAAUAAAG